AAGCAGCUCCACCACCAAGCACUAUUGAUCCACCAUUCAGUUCAGCAGCCCCACAGUCAAGUGUGACUGCUGCCCCACAAACGAGCUAAACCGCUCCACCACUGAUCACAACUGAUCCACUGUCAAGCUCAACAGCCACUUCAUCCUUCUCUACAUCUUCAUCAUGAGAUGCAACAGCUUCAUCAGUUGGUAUAACACCCUCAUCAACAGAUGUAACACCCUCACUGAUUGGUACCUCAGCUCCAGUGUCAAACACAGACAACCCUUCAUCUAUUGCAACAAC